CUAAUGCUAAUCCUCACCUGAAGACAUUAGAUGAAUCAGAUGCUUUAAUGAUUGCUAGUUACUAUGGUAACUAUGAGGUUGUUGAGCUAUUGAUUAGUAAAGGAGUUGAUUAUAGUUAUCAACGAGAAGAUGUUGAAUUGUUGUUUAAAAAACAAUCUGAUUCUAAUGUUCAAAAGAAAAAUGGAGUGAUUGCUUUUAUGGUGGCCUGUCAAAAUGGCCACACUCAAAUAGUUGAACUGUUGGUGAAGAAAGAAGUUGAUCCUAAUGUUCAAACAAAAGAUGGAGUGACUGCUCUAAUGUUAGCUUGUCUAACAGGUCACACUCAAACAGUUGAACUUUUGCUAAAGAAAGAAGCUGAUCCUAAUGUUCAAAUGAAAAGAGGUUUUACUGCUUUAAUGAUUGCCAGUUUUAAAGGACAUUAUGAAGUAGUUAAAUUAUUGUUGGAAUGGAAAGCUAAUCCAAAUGUUAAAUCUAGUGAAGGCCACACUGCAUCAUCACUAGCCAAGACUAUUGAAACAAAGACAUUGCUUAAUGACUAUUUGGAAAUUUAA